AUGGAUAUUUGUAGAUUCAAUGUGCAUUCGUUCCUGGCGCAUAUUCUUAAAUCAUCUUGGAGCUUUAUCCCAGUCAUGCUACCAACUGGAAUUCCCGCUCGUUUAUUCAGGCCCUGCCCACCAAAAGUUAAGCUCAAGCACGCGGUUGUCCGCUUUGUGGCUUCCACUCGUCCUCUCGCCACAGUACCCACCAGCGGACCAGAUGUGAAUCUUGUAGGCCAGUGCAAUUUUGACGGGAAUGUCGAAACUAUUCAGCGUCGAAUACCUCUCGCAUCCACCAUACGAUUGGCUAAUUCUGGAGCCAGUGAAUUGCGGGAAGAAUUUUUGCGUUUUUUCCGACUUGCAAAUCAUACACAGGUCGCUCCAUCAACCGUUUUCCCCAAGCAACAUGAAGGGAGUUAUUUUGUGAAUGCAGGUAUGAGCCAAUUCAAGCCGUUGUUUCUUCAACAAACCGAUCACAGUGCUUCCACUCCGUUUGCCAACUUACGCCGAGCUACCAAUUCUCAACCGUGCAUUCGCAUUGGAGGGCGCCUGGAUGAUUUGAACGAUGUUGGUUACGACAGACAGCACCAUACGAUGUUUGAAAUGCUUGGAAAUUGGUCAUUUGGAGAUUAUUACAAGAAAGAAGCCUGUCAAUACAUGUGGACCUUCUUGACCAAAGUUCUUGGGUUGCCACCAAACGCUCUGUAUGUGACGUACUUCGGUGGUUGUCCCCAGCACGGCUUGCCUCCAGAUGACGAGACAAGGGACAUUUGGCUCGAUUUGGGGUGAGUUUGG